AAUCCGAUCUGUCAAAUAUAUUUUUUUUGUUUAUUCAAAAUUAUGUAAAUAAUAAAAAAAUCAAAAAUGAAUGGUGAACCAGAGGUAUUUUCGGAUUCUACGACCAAUUGUAAUGGAACAACAGGGUCGGAUGCGAUAUCCGAGGUCAAUCAGGCGAAAUUGGACACUUUAGAGAAAAAAGCUGUUCACUUAAGGUUGGUUUUAGAGAAAGAUUUCAAAGCCGCAGAUUUUAAAUGGAGUCUCUUUGUGGCCGCCGCAUUCAGUUUCAGAUACGAAAGUUGUCUGAGACCGUUUCCUCCGGCUUUUAUGAAAGACGGCGUCAAGGAUAUGGAUGAAUUAUUGAAUGUUUUAACCGACGUGCCCGCACUUGAUCUGUUCCUACAACAGUUGGACGAUAUUGAUAAUUUAACAAAUAUAAGUGAUAUAAUAGAUUUAUUGUUUUACGUACUCGUCAGGUUAAAAGAACCAAGUCUAAAGACUGUACCGGCAGAAUUGCAUAAUUCAAUUCUUGCAAAUACAAACUCAUCAGUAGCGCCGCAGCCCCAAUACAUAUUUCAGGUGCACAAUUCGAAAACAUCACACGCAGAGGCAAAAUGGAAAGACAUGUCCAAAAACUAUAGAACAUUUUACGCCUUUCAUGGAACUCGUCUGGAAAAUAUUUACAACAUGUUGCAUUUUGGUUUUCAUCAACAAACGGCCAAGAAUACGUCGCUGGGUACUGGGUUUUACUUGUCUCCCGAUCUAAAUAUAACACUGCCGCACAGUCACGGCGGGUUCGGUUGGGGGGCGAGCACCAUCGGUGGCCACUUGUCCUGCGUCGCGCUGUGCGAAGUGAUCGACACCCCCGACGGGAUCAACUACAAAAAACCCGUCUCUGACGAAGGUGAUGGGAUCACACAAAAUGCAAAUAAGAUUUCCUUGGGGAGUAUGCCCGAUUCAAAACAAAAUCACUAUUUAGUGAUGAAUAGUGAUUUGCUUAGAUUACGUUAUCUGCUGGUGUACGCUAAGCAGCCGACCUCCAUAAGGUUUAGCACGACCAGUGUUAACAGAAACGGAGGCGGCCUGAGGCAAUGGCUGACCAGACACAAGUUAAUGUCGAUACUCCUCGGCUACGGGCUCAUGCUGGCGACCAUCGGCUUCGCAAAUAAUCAACCAAUGAACUAUUAUUAUAAAAUUUUGCUAAAGAAAUUGGAUUUAGCAUAUGGGACCGUAAAAGUUUGACUUUCUAUAGUGAACGGUUUCGGUGGUAAUAUUGAAAAAUUUGUAGUUGUGAUUUAAUUUUGAAUC